AUGUCUCAACAGGUUGGUAAUAGUAUUAGAAGGAAGCUAGUUAUCGUUGGUGAUGGUGCUUGUGGUAAGACCUGUCUUUUGAUCGUUUUCUCCAAGGGUCAAUUCCCUGAGGUCUACGUGCCUACAGUUUUUGAAAACUACGUUGCUGAUGUGGAGGUCGAUGGACGUCGCGUCGAACUGGCUCUAUGGGAUACUGCAGGCCAAGAAGAUUACGAUCGUUUAAGACCCCUAUCUUAUCCAGAUUCCAACGUUGUUUUGAUCUGUUUCUCAAUCGAUUUGCCAGAUUCCUUAGAAAACGUCCAAGAGAAAUGGAUUGCAGAGGUCCUACAUUUCUGCCAAGGUGUGCCAAUUAUCCUUGUUGGUUGCAAAGUCGAUUUAAGAAACGACCCACAAACCAUGGAGGCUCUAAGAGCUGAAGGCCAACAACCAGUCUCCUCAGCAGAGGGUCAAAGCGUGGCGGAUCAAAUCGGUGCAACCGGAUAUUACGAAUGUUCUGCCAAGACAGGUUACGGUGUCAGAGAGGUUUUUGAAGCUGCUACCAGAGCAAGUUUGAUGGGCAGAAGUAAACAAAAUGGUAAGCAAAAGAAGGAAAAAGCUCCACAAGAAAAGAAGAAGAAGAGAAAGUGUGUCUUGUUGUAA